AUGUUUCGGGACAGAACUAAUCUCUUUUUGUCAUACCGCAGAACAUUUCCGCGAAGCUACCAGCGCACAAAGGGCAAUGAGAAUGAUUCGUUUUUUGAUAUCGAGGAGAGUGGAUUGGAGGAGUCACAUCCAAUGAUUGACAUGGGAGGCACUUCUCACAGUCCUUCAACUCUUUUCGUUGAGCUCACUGAAGAGAUUGAUCGCAAUCUGGAGCAUGUGGAGUCACAUAUGCUACAAUUGACUAGACUGUAUCGCAAGAAUUCUCUUCCAGGGUUUGAUGACAAGACUGAAGACGAGCAAGAGAUAGAAGAAUUGGGUCUUCGGAUCAUACAGCUUUUCCAACGAUGUUAUUCUAUUAUGAAAACGCUUAAAGCAUCGAGCUCUUCCGGGAUUUUCCAAGGUCAUCAUCUCAACCAGGGCUCUCUCAUAGUCUUGAAUAAUCUGGAAAAGAAUUAUGCUAAUAAGAUUCAGCUCAGCUCUAAUAAAUUUAGGUUACUCCAAAACAAUUAUUUGAAGUUUCUCAACAAAGACGAUUUCAAGCCAUUACCGAGCUCAUCCACGGAUGCAGGUACCCUUCUAGUGCUCGAAGAGGAGGAAAAAGAUGGUGUUGCACAACAAGACAUCGAUAGUUAUUCUAGGCAGACUCUGCAACGACAAACUCAAAGACAGACGGACGGAAGAAAUGCCCAAUUCUUGCGGGAACGAGAAGAAGAAAUAACACAGUUAGCCCGAGGCGUUUUAGAGGUUAGCACGAUUUUUCGGGAAAUGCAGGAUUUGGUGAUCGACCAAGGAACCAUAAUAGACCGGGUUGACUACAAUCUGGAAAAUACAGUGAUAGAGCUGAAAGGGGCCCACCGCGAACUUGAGAAAGCCACAACUUACCAGAAACGCACUCAAAAAUGUAAAGUUAUACUCUUGCUGUCAUUGGUGGUGUUGGCGCUAUUUUUUUUCGUCAUGCUAAAACCCCAUAAUAGUAACAAAAAAGACGACACCAGUAAACAACCGGUCCCUCAAGAACCAGCAAGCGAUGCUGGACAUAGUGUUAGUUCCGAAGGGGAUCCACGAAUGUAA